AUGAUGUCAUCGUUGGGGGAAGUGCAUCUGAAAACCAAAAUGAAAGACAACAACCUCUCGGCCAUUUUUAACCAAAAAUUCAAACUGGAAAACCGGCAGCAAGGACAGAACAAAAAGAGCCGUGAGGAGAGCUGUGGGGAGGGCAGCGGCGUGGAGAUCCUGGAGAACAAACCCUACGAGGACGGGCCCGGGGGCUCGGGCCAGUACACCCACAAGGUUUACCACAUCGGCAAACACAUCCCCUCCUGGUUCUGCGCCAUCCUGCCUCAGGCCGCCCUCCGAGUGGAGGAGGAGUCCUGGAACGCCUAUCCCUACACCCGGACACGGUACACCUGCCCCUUUGUAGAGAAAUUCUCCAUAGACAUCGAAACGUACUACAAGCCAGACACUGGAAAUCAAGCGGAUGUCUUCAAUCUGUCCUCUGCUGACAAGAGACAGAGGACUGUUGACCCCAUAGACAUCGUCAAGGACUACAUCGCUCCCCACGAGUACCUGGCGGAGGAGGACCCCAAACUGUAUCAGUCAGUCAAAACCAAACGGGGCCCUCUGUCGGAGGACUGGAUCGAGGAGAUCAACCAGAACCCCAGUCAGAGCGCCGUCAUGUGCGCCUACAAACUCUGCAAAGUGGAGUUCAGAUACUGGGGCAUGCAGUCCAAGAUCGAGAGAUUCAUCCACGACGUGGGCCUGCGUAAGGUGAUGGUGCGCGCCCACCGGCAGGCCUGGUGCUGGCAGGACGAGUGGUACGGCCUGACCAUCGACGACAUCCGGCUGCUGGAGCUGGAGACCCAGCUGGCUCUGGCCAAGAAGAUGGCCCAGUACAGCCUGAGUGAGGAGGGCGGGGCCGAGCCCAACGGGGCCUCCGCCGGCCAGGAGCAGGACGGGGGGGCGGACGCCGGCGGGACGCCCGCCGAGGCCGAUGGAGGGAAGCUGGGAGACUCACUGGAGACGCGGGGAGAGCUCACCAAGCAGUGCUCUGUGCUCGGCCUGUUUGCAGCGAGUCCGUCCCAUCAGAGCAUCUCGGAGUGGAGGAUGCAGAGCAUCGCCCGGGACUCAGACGACAGCACAGACGACGAGUUCUUCGAUGCACACGAGGACUUCUCAGACAAUGAAGACAUGUUCACGAAGGAAAUCACCAAGUGGAACUCCACGGACCUCAUGGACAAAAUAGAGACGAUAGAGGUGGAUGAAGCACAAGUGACUCAGUGGAUGAUUUAUGGGUCCACAGAAACUUUGUAUCAGGAGUCGGGUGGGGAGUACGUCGCCAUGAGCAACGAGGAGACGCAGAUGGAGGACUGUUCAUCCCAACAGGGUCCCCAGCCCUCCAAAAUCCACGUUCUCGUUCUGGUCCUGCAUGGAGGCAACAUACUGGACACAGGCUCCGGGGAGCAGAGCGGCAAGCAGGCCGACAUAAACACGCUCAGCGGGGCGUUUGAGACGGUGAUGAGGGUCCAUUAUCCCGCCGCUUUGGGCCGCCUGGCCGUCCGGAUGGUCCCCUGUCCGGCCGUGUGUGUCGACGCCUUCUCGCUGGUCUCCAACCUCAGCCCCUACAGCUACGACGAGGGCUGCCUGUCCAGCAGCCAGGACCACAUCCCGCUGGCCGCCCUGCCUCUGCUGGCCACCUCUGCCCCUCAGUACCAGGACGCCGUGGCAACCGUCAUCUUACGGGCCAACCAGGUCAGCUCGGUGACGGUGUCGGAGAGCCAGAACAGCAGCAGGAGGGGCAGCACCAUCAGCGUCCAGGACUCGGAGCUGCUGUCCCCGGGCAUCGUCAUAAACAGCGUCUCCCCCCCGACGCUGUCCCUGGAGGGCAGCCGCGGCCUGAGCCGCAGCAACAUCGACAUCCCGCGCUGCGCCGGGCCCGACGACCCGCAGAAACAGCUCCCCCGCAAGCGCAGCGACUCCUCCACCUACGAGCUGGACACCAUCAAGCACCACCAGGCCUUCCUGUCCAGCCUCCACUCCAGCGUCCUGCACGGGGAUCCAGGCUCCCGGCGCUCCAGCAGCAGCACCAUGCUGGAGGGAGGCUCCCUGGGAAAAUUCGACUUCGAGGUGACCGACUUCUUCCUGUUCGGCUCUCCCCUGGGGCUGGUGCUCGCUCUGAGGAAGACCGUGGUCCCCUCUCUAGACGAUUUAUGUCCCAGGCAGCUGUGA